GAUAUAUGUCUGUGAUUAUAGUGCGGCCAGGCCAUAAUCGCCUUUUUAUCGUGCAUUAAACUUUGGUUUCCUUACGGAGUUCAUUCCACCUCUUUGUGUGUUCACCUUCAGUAUCAUUUUCUCACUAUUAAAAUUAAAUAUCAAUUUAGCGGUGACAAUGUCGUAAUCAGAACAAUUUGCUAAUGGCCAGCCUUGGCAAAGGCUAUGUUAUUUCCUUCAUAGUUACAUAUAUAAGCAAAAAUAUUUGGAUGAAGAAACAUUCCCAGUGUCACCGCAAAGGAAACAACAUGAUUGGAAAGUUCGCUCUUCUCGUCUGCCUGUUCGGCCUCGCCAGGGCUGGAAACCUGUACGGCGGUGGUCCCGGUUACAGCUCCCUCGGAUUUGGAUCCCUUGGGUACGGAUCCCUUGGCCACGGAUCCCUUGGCUACGGAUCUCUUGGCCACGGAUCCCUUGGCUACGGCAGCGGUUAUGGCUACGGCGGCUAUGGCUAUGGGCACGACCUCGGCUACUCCGCCCCCAUCGUAACCAAGACAGUAGGCGCCCCUGUAGUCAAGACCAUUGCACCCAUCUCCUACGCCCACGCCCCGGCCAUCUCCCACGUCUCGCAGUACAGCUACCAUGGAUCUCCCAUUGUUAAGUCUUACGCCCCAUUGGGCUACGCAUCGUACGGACAUGGAUACAGCCACGGCGGUUACGGAUACGGUGGUUACGGAUGGUAA